AUGACUUUAGAAGAAUUAGCGAAGAUUGAAGAAGAAGAAUUCAGUACAGGGCCUCUUUCAGUACUCACACAAUCUGUAAAGAACAACACACAAGUUCUUAUCAACUGCCGUAAUAACAAAAAGUUGCUUGGACGCGUCAAGGCUUUCGACCGGCAUUGCAACAUGGUACUUGAAAACGUCAAGGAAAUGUGGACUGAAGUACCAAGGCUGGGCAAAGGCAAGAAGGGUAAAGCAGUCAACAAGGAUAGAUUUAUCUCAAAGAUGUUCCUCCGCGGAGACUCAGUGAUCCUAGUAUUAAGAAACCCAUUAGCCACCGCUGCCGGCAAGUAA